AUGAAUCUGAAGAUCAGCAAUAAAAAGUCUUCUAACAACUACAAUUGUACCAAAGAGUCUUCGAAAGUCUUUAAGCCUGCAGCUAGCAAGUAUAUGAAUGACUGUCAGCUUGAAUGUAGCGAAGCAGUAUGUAAAGAAGGAGGAAAGGUUGUUGCAAUGAAAAACAAGAAUAAUAGCAAAGAAGAGUUUAUUGUUAGUUCUGAUUCAGUCAACUUUCUUGGUAGUCUGAUUUGGUAUAAGAAUUUGAAAAUUAGUGACAAGUUGGUUAAAUUUAAAUUAGAUACAGGAGCACAAAUUAAUACAGUUACUGAAGGAAUAGUGAAGAGUUUUAAGCAAAAUUUUGAAAUCAUUCCAGGUAAAGUUAAGCUUCAAGCUUACUCGGGUGGGAUGAUCAAGCCCAUCGGCAAAGUUAUAUUGCCAAAAGUUAGUGUUAAGAAUACAUUCUAUGAAGAAUUCGAGCCAUUGCUAGGAUUAAAAUCCUGUGUAAAUAUGAAUUUGAUUCCAUUAAUUUGA